AAUGAACUUAUUUACGAGGUCAUAAAAGAAGGGAUUGGAAAAAGAGAGAGAAAAAAGGAAAAAGGGAAGAAAAGAACGAAGCCCUAAGCCCUAAGCCCUAGUCUCUCCAUCUUCUUCCUCUUCUCCUUGCAGUCGCCGACCACCGCCCUCCUUCUGCUCAAUCUUCUUCUCCGGCGGCGGCCAUUCCCUCCAGCAGCUUCAGGCGUAAGGUAGCGACGACUGGAGCCCACGCCCACGCGAACGCCCGGCUCUGUAGACGACGAUGGUCUACGUUGACUCGCGAAUCUGACUUGCAUUGUGAGCACGUGUACGAACGGCUUCGCCUAUGCUUUCGAAGCAUCGUUUCUUCUCCAUUUCAGAUUCCAACGUGAACAACAAGUUGUGCAUCACACUUCCGACGACUGGGUGUCUUGCAACAGCGUUUUUUACUUUGGGGGUGCAGAUCACAGGAAGGGUUUCAAGUGCAUGCACUCCGGAAAGCAAAAGGGAAGGAGACGGAAAAUAGAUUAGAGUGAGAAGUUCGUUGUUUGAGCUUUCUUUUAUCCUAACCAUUAUGGCGAAGCGCGAGAUUUCCAAUACAUUAAGAAACUUGAAGUUCAUGCAAAGGGCGGUUCAGAGAGAGGAACAACCUAAGAAAGAGGAAGAAGUAAAACCUGAUGAGAAUUUCUUUCCUUCGAGUACUAAAAUCAGAAAGUGUGUGGUUUUAGUUGAAGGUGAUCCUCAUCCAGGGGCUCUUGGAGGCAGAAUGUCAUUUCAGAGCUUUAAUCCUUCAAUUGACAAACUCAAGGAAGAAGUAGCUAGCUUAGGGCAGCAUGAAAUUCGAGGCUCUUCAUCUGGUAAUCACAGUGGAAACAGAGAAGAUGGAUCUUCACGAAAUGAAGCAAUGUGCUCAAACAUUGAUGAAAAAAAUUGUGAGGCUAACGGGGACCUUAAGAGGAAACAAUCUGAAGUAGUGUCUGAAGGACAACAUCCAACUAAGUUUUCAAGAAGUGGUCGGGACAACCAGCCGUCAUCAUCUAGUAAUGGUAGAAGAGGACCUUUCAAGAAACCAAAGGGUGAAAAGCUGGACUGGAAUGUUCUUAGGCCCUCCUAAGGCUCCCAAUAAGAGUGGGUAAUCUUGUCUAGGAGAGUCAUUAGAUGGGUGAAGAAUCCAGUUUGGGAAAUUUGUAUUGUUUUCCUCCCAUAUUCUGUAGUUAUAUAGGAUAUCAGUUAAUGGGAAGUAUCAUGUCAUUUUACGGCUCCUAUGUUACACAUACCACUUCAUUCGAGUUCCUUAAUUCAUACGUUGUUGUACUCUGAUCAAGAAUGAAGCUCAAUAUUUGAAAUAUUGUCUGAUUUUGUAAGAAACUAGAUUUCUGGAA